GUGGUCUGCUUCAAUCAGCUUAGCACAAUGAAAUAUCGUUACUUUGCAGCGAAAGAUGAUCUCCCUUCUCGCCUUACAUUUUGAUGUUGUGACUUAGUGCUUCAUCCGAGGAGCUGAUUUUGUUUCCGUUGCAGUUUCUUCUCGGUGGAAAUAUUAGCAGGCCGCUUCUGUGCACCCAUCAUAAUGCAUCCGAUGCCUGUGUGCUCCGUUAGCGAUGGAGACAUAUUUGACUGUAUACAGAGAGGAAAUAUUGAACUGUGUAUACACUUCCUUCAGAAUGAUCGAUCACUCCUCAAGCAAAAAGGCUGGGGUGGUUUCACCCCACUCCACUACGCCGCCCUCCAUGGUAACCGCGCCAUGGUCGACCUUUUCCUUAGUAAUGGAGCUAACCCUAACCUGACAUGUGAUGCAGGACAGACAGCCUUUCAUUUUGCCUGCAGGCAAGGGAACAUCUAUAUCAUACACCAAAUGGUGCAGUAUGGAGCUGAUUUGCGUCUCAUAGACCUGCAAGGAAAAACGUCGCUGCAUCAUGCAGUCACUGGGGGGAACAUUGUUGCAGUACACUAUUUGUGGGAGACUGGAAUGUUCCGGUUCUCAGACACAGACAUGUACCAGGUGACACCCCUUCACCUGGCUGCAUCCACAGGCAACACAGAGGUAGUACGGUAUUUGCUCAGAGACCAGAGAUGUGCUGUGGAUGCAGUUGACCAGCAGGGAGCGACAGCGCUUCACGUUGCAGCAGAGAGGGGUGGAGUGGAGGUGUGCUGGACACUGCUGCAGAGAACAGGGUGCAGGAUGCUCUACCAGAAGAACCACAGCGGCCUCACACCACUGGACCUCAGCAAACAGGGGAAAACAUUUAGACAUCAGCAACUCACCAAGCUACUGAGUCGGUACAAUAAUGAGCCAAUACACCACAAACCCACAGAGUCUCAUGUUUUGUAUUACUGGACAUUGUUUUUUCCAUCCCUGAGUGGAGCUGCCAUCCUGCUGAUAGCAGCCAUGUUGGGAGGCUAUGGGGGGCUAACCUGCGGUUUGCUCUUCCCCUGGCUGGCCAGAAGCAUCUUCACACAGUACCACCGCAUGACCACGUACCAAAGGUUACCUAACCCGAUCUACUUGGGGACCCUCAUAGCUGGCUUGUUUCAUUCCCUGCUCUGCUUCUAUGGAAAAAUAAUGCUUAGUGUGUGGCCAACCAGUGCUCUGGUCCAGGUGUCAAUGGUCCACUUCUCCCUAGUCCUCGGUUUGUUCUGUAAGGUUCUGACUCAGGACCCGGGGACACUGGACAGAGCAGAUGCAGAUCCUCGGUUCUCCUGUAUCGCUGACCUGGUGGAGAACAACCAGAGUCCUCACAGGUUCUGUCCAUACUGUGAGUUGUUUCCGCCUGACUACACUAAACACUGCAAGCUGUGCGAUAUGUGCAUUAAAGACUAUGACCACCACUGCCUUUUCCUCAACCGGUGCGUUGGCCGGGGUAAUCACCGCCUCUUUCUCUUCUUCAUCCUCUCCAUGGUGAUUGCCCACCUUCUUUUUGUUGCCACAGCAACAAGUUACCUGUAUGAUAAGAUGCCUGCGGGCAGUCGCAGCUUGUCAUUGUGGCUCACAUUGUUAGGGCAGGAGUUCUGGGUUGUGGUCAUGAUGAUUUUGAAUGCACUGACACUCCUUUGGGAGGUGUGGCUACUGACCGAGCAGUUUGAUGCUGUCGCCACGGGAACGACCACCUACUUCAGACAGUGUGAAAGCUCAGCGCGACAGAGGUCACUAGGACAGCGCUGGGUUAUAGUGCUGUCCUUUCUGCUGGAGGGUCGAAGACGGGUGGGCAGCGGCCAAAGAGAGGACAAAACUGCCAUAGACAUUUAAAACCAUCUGUCUUGUAUCCAGCUUGUUUCAUCAUCGCUCACUUACAAAAAUACAUUCUCAGUUUACAGAGUCUUUGUGAGAAAUAUAACUCUCUAAUGCCAUAUUACAUGUUGUACUUGAAUGUAAAAUUUGGUUAUAUCUUAAUAUUCUAUUUUAAUACACAAUAGGCUAUAGAGUAGAUUCAUCAGCAGAUUUGUUCACAAAGUGGCUAGCAGGAUAACUACCACUAAGAGUUUAGAUGUUACCACCUAGUUUUUAGAGACCUCACUUAAUACUUUUAAGAUAACAGUAUUUUUUUAACUGGUUUUCAUUGUUCUGUGUAAAGUACUGGAUAUUUCCAAAACUGUGUUUUAGCAGUGAACGCUCACAUUCACACCUGUUUUUGUAUUCCACAUCAGCAUACUUUUUUUAACGUCAUUGUUAUCGCUGUUUUAAAUAAAAGUGUGUCAUGGUGUAAAGCAUAGUUCAAGGUUGUGAAGAUUUGUCUACUCGUAACAUUAGCAAGUCAUGUGAUUAGCUAGUGUAAAUGGUUAAUAGUGGCUGCCCUGAAAGGCUUUGUUCCUAAUGUCAUUACCUCUCUGACCUGCUCCUGGUCAUUUGGGCCAUGUCACUUCCUCUGCUCUCACUAAUGGGACAUUCUUUUUUCAUGCCUUCAAUUAAACACAAUCAUUUCCUAUGUGUCCCUCUGGACCAUAUUUCUAGAUUAUAGAUGAUGUUCCCCACACCGCUGAGAGGCUGGUGUGUCUGGACUAUGUGAGUCGCUACAUCAUGUGAUAUUAUUUAGUGUCUACUGUACUGCCUGUCAUGCAUAUGGACUGGUUAAGAUAAGCGCAUGUAAGCCAGUAAAACUGCGUGCUUUUACUGUAUUUCUUUGUCCCUGGAUAAGUGUUUAUUGUAUUUAAUAUCCCAAUAUAGUUUAUAUGCACUAACAUAUUUUAUCUGUGGUGACACAGUUUCUUUUGGUUUCCAAGAUGAUACCUCAUUUGUGCCAUGUUGUUUUUAUGCUGUAUGAAAAAUAAUGUAAAAAUAAUAAAAAAAUUCACUGAAA